AUCUUGAAAUAAUCCAUGGUUCGACCUUGUAAUUACAACGAAAGUCAAGGCCAUUUGCAAAUCUCUCAACAUGUAUAUAUAUAUACAUGUUUGGGACCUUGGGUACUCUACUCUGCCUUGAAUCUUGAUUUCCACUUGCUUUGGUUCAAAUCAUCAAAACUUGAUGCAGAUGAUCAGUACCCACACCCACAACCAUCAGAUUUUCUUGGCAAAACGGAGCAGCUUCAAAUGCCAAAGCUCCCCCUUGAAUCCCGCAUCAUCAAAGCCAACUUCUAAUAUUACUCGCUCAACUCUGAAACCGGCUACUGAUCAUCAUCAUGACUUUACAAGAAAGCAUCUUGCAAACCUCGAGAAACUCAUCCUUCAGACAAAACAGCCUGAACCUCCUCAACCUGCAGAUCAGCCUGUCCACAUUAAGAACCCAUCCAACGUCCAUGGCCUAGCCAUGCUAGAAGGCCUCAAUCUCGCCAGAACUUGGCCUGAAAUGAAGGCCGCGGAGGAAAUGUCUCCACGUCAUCUCAACCGCCUCAAACGCCUCUUAUCCAAGACCGCCGAAUAUUCUCCCAGGAAUAAUCUGGGAUCCAGAUGGCGGGAGUACCAUGGUUCUAAUGACUGGGCCGGCCUACUUGACCCGCUCGAUGAGAACCUUCGGAGGGAGGUGGUCAGGUACGGGGAGUUCGUGCAAGCAGCAUACCAUGCCUUCCAUUCGAAUCCCACGUUUUCGGAGGAGGAAGCCGCCUUCCCGCGGCGACACGUGGCGCUGCCUGAUAGGUGUUACAAGGUGACCAAAAGUCUCUAUAGCACCACCUCGGUUGGGCUGCCCUGCUGGGUGGAUGAAGUGGCUCCGGAUCUAGGGUGGAUGACGCAGCGGUCGAGCUGGAUCGGGUACGUGGCGGUCUGCGAUGACAGGAGGGAGAUCCAACGGAUGGGGAGGAGGGAUAUCGUCAUUUCCCUCCGCGGAACAUCCACCUGUCUCGAGUGGGCUGAGAAUUUUCGGGCCCAAUUGGUUCCGAUGUCCAACAACAAGCCCGUUAACCCUGAGGAUCCAAUUGCAGAAGGCCCAAUCCCGAAGGUGGAGUCCGGGUUCAUGAGCUUAUUCAAAACCCGUGGCGCUCACGUGCCUAGCCUAGCAGAGUCAGUGGUCGAAGAGGUGCAAAGACUGAUAAAAUUAUACAAGGGGGAGCCCCUGAGCAUCACAGUCACCGGCCAUAGUCUUGGGUCGGCCUUAGCAAUAUUAGUAGCAGACGAACUAGUUAGCUCCUGUGACGCGGCAGAACCACCACCCGUAGCCGUGUUCACUUUUGGAGGACCUCGUGUGGGCAACAGAGCAUUUGCAGAUCGAGUUAACUCCAAAAACAUAAAGGUGUUGAGAAUAGUAAACAAUCAAGAUGUGAUAACAAAGGUUCCAGCCACAUUCGUGGACGAACGAUUGGAGCAAAAGCAAAGGGAAACGGAAAGGGGAAGUCGUUUGGGUGGGAUUCUCAAUAGCUUGUCCUACUCACACGUGGGAACGGAACUACGUUUGGAGACAAAAAUGUCGCCAUAUCUGAAGCCAAACGCAGACGUGGCAUGUUGUCAUGACCUGGAGGCGUAUCUGCACUUGGUGGACGGGUUCUUGUCCUCCAACUGUCCAUUCAGAACAAAUGCAAAGAGAAGUUUAGUGAAAUUAGUAAGUGAACAGAGAUCCAAUGUGAAACAAUUGUAUACAAGCAAGGCAAAGGCCUUGACUUUGAACCUUGAAAGCCGCGGUGGACUGCUCUCGCCUAUGUCAUGUUUGCCUAGCCCAUCCUAAUUAAUUACGUAUUGGAUGUUUGAAACUGUAAUUUAUAUAAUAUCCAAAGGGAUAAGAAUGGAAAAAAAAAAAACUACUGUACUUUUUGAAAUAGUUCAAAUAAGUCUAUGUAUAAUUUUUCGGGUUAAAUAAGAAUUUCUACUUUACGUUUCAAACUAAA